AUGACAAAAUUUUCUGAAGAUCAUUAUGAUACUUUGAAUUUAACAGAGCUAAAAAGUAAUAUUCAAGAGAAAAGUAUAAUAGGUUACAGUGUUAAUUUUACAGCAGGUGGCUUAUUAUUUUUUGGAGGAUUUAAAAUAGAUGUUCAACAAAACAAUGGAUAUAUUUGCAAUGAUGCUUAUUUAAUUCACAUAAAAAAAGAAAAAGCAGAAUAUGAAAGUAUUACAAGUAAAAUAAAACCCAAUUUGAGAUGUUAUCAUAAUUCUUGUACUUUAUUAGAAAAUUAUGUAAUAAUUUUUGGAGGAUUAAAUAGCGAAACUCCUUUUAUUGCUUUAAAUGAUUUGUGGAUAUUUAAUAGUUUAAAUAAAACUUUUGUUGAAAUAAAAUCCAAUUGUACAGAAAAAAAUGAAAAGACACAAAUAGAAAAUUAUGAAUCGUAUGAAAAUGGGAAAUCAUAUGAAGUGGGUAAUAGUGAUGAUAAUAAAGAUGAUGAAGAUGAUAAUGAUGAUGGAAUUUUAGAUAAUGCAUAUAUUAAACACUUAAAAAAUUUAAAAUAUCAUAAAAAUGAAGAAUUGUGUGUAAAUAAUAUUCCUUCUCCACGUUAUUUUUCAAGCUUAGAUUUAUAUAUAGUUAAAAAAACUAAUAUGGAUGAAAAAAAAGAAUUUGAAAAAGAUGAGAUAAAAAUAAAAAAUAAUAAAAUAAUAGUAAAUAAUAUAGAUAAUUAUGAAUAUUUUAGUCUAAUUGUAUUUGGUGGAUAUGGUGGUUAUGGUUAUGAUAGAAAUAGUUACAAUGAUUUAUAUGAAUACAAUAUUUUGAACAAUGAAUGGACAUUGCGACCUUGCAAAGGAAGCAAUCCUUCAAAAAGAUAUGGGCAUAUUUCAUUUAUAAAUGGAAAUAACUUAUUUAUAUUAGGAGGUACAAAUGCUGAAAUCAGUUUUAAUGAUAUGUAUUCAUGUGAUUUAAAGAAAAAUGAAUGGUCUGAAGUUGAUUUUUCUUAUUCAUUUAAUGUUGCAAAAGUGUUUUGUAGGAGUGUAUUAGUUGAAUCUAUAGAUAGAAAUAUAAUUUUUAUAUUUGGUGGUUGUAAUAUAAUUAGUGAUGAAAAAGGAAAUAGAAAAAUAGAAUAUAAUAACAUUAAAUUAAAUAUGUUAAAGUUAUAUGAUAAUUUUAAAUUAGAAGAAUUAAAAUACAGUUUAAUUAAAAGAAAAGAAAAUAUAAAGAAUAAUUGUGACUAUAACUCUAAAAGUGGUAGUGAUAUGAAUUACUUAAGGGAAGAAGAGGAAAAAAAAAAAAAUGAUAAAAGCGAUACUUAUGAAGAUAGUAUGUCAACCAAUAUAAUAUUUUCUUCUAUUAGUUAUGAUUUUAUUGAUUCUAAUUUAAUUAUUACAGAUUCUAAGAAAAAAAUAUAUGUAAUGAAUAUAAGUAAAAUCAUAGGACCAAAAUAUGCAAUUUUUAAUUUAUCACCAAAAUAUUGUGACAUAAAUGGAAAUAAAAAAAUUUUAUUAAAAGGGAAGGGAUUCACAAAUGAAGGAAGAAUAAUUGUAAAAUACAAAUCAGAAAAUGUCAAUUUAUAUAGUGAUGGAAUUUAUAUAAAUGAAAAUAAUAUAUAUACUGUUGCACCUAAUGCGAAGAAUAAGAUAACAAACAAAAUUUGUGAAGUUCAACUAUCUAUCAAUGAUAAAUGCUAUACAACCAACAAUUGCAUAUUAGAAUAUUAUUAUAAUAUUGAUCCAAAAAAUACUUUAGUUUUUGGUACUGGAUUAUUGGAACCUGUAUGUUUAAAAGAAAAUAAUUUUUUUUUUCUAAUAGCUAGAAAUAGUUUAAAUGAAAAUAAAAAAAUAGGAGGAGAUAAGUUUCAAAUAAGUAUUGUAUAUGAGGAUAAAAAUGAAAAGCAUAAUUUAAAAUACCUAGUUUAUGAUAUAAAUAAUGGAUUUUAUAUAGUGAAAUAUUUUCCUUUUUCUAUUCAAACAGAAAUAAAUGAAAAUGAAUCAAAUAUAAUAAAAAAUGAGGCAAAUAUAAAUGAAAAUGAUUCAGAAUUAGAUAAAAAUGAUACAAAAUCAAACAAACAUACGGAACAAAACAGUAACACAGAUACUUUUACUAACAGUCCUCUUGAAAAUAAACUAAAAUCAAAUGUAAUAUUUAAUAAAAGUGAUAAUGAAAUUAAAAAUUUUAAUAUAAAUAAUAAUAAUGAAUUACAUUUCAAUGGAAUUUUACGAAUAACAAUAAAAUUAAAUGGAGAAAAUGUUCAAAAUAGUCCAUUUAUUUUAAAAGUGGAAAAUAAAGAACAAGAUAAAAUAAAAUAUGUAAAAAAAUUUGUUAAUGAUAGGCUAGAAGAUUUAAUAAAAAAAGGAGAACAAUUAUUUGAUCUAAUAAAAAAUAAAAAUAUGAAUACUAACAAUUUAAUUGAAUUAAAUAAAAAUAUUGACCAUUUUUUAAACAAAUUUUCUAAAUCUAUACAUGAUAUAAACAUAAUAGAACAAUAUAUACAUUAUGGGGUUAUUCAUAUUGAGGAAAUGGAAAAAAUUAUAGAUGAGUUACAUAGAGAAGAAAAUGUUGUAAAUGCCUAUUUAGAAGAUGAAUCUUCCAUCGAUAAUGAAAUUAAUAAUUUAAUAAAUAAUGAAAAGAAUAAAAAUAGUUUGAUUAAAACUACUAAUAAUAAUAAUAUAAUAGAACAUGAAUACGAAUAUAAUGAUAAUAAAAAUAUAUGCCAUGAAAAAGGAAUUGAGAAAAAAGAUAUAAAAAAAAACACAGACAAUAAUAUACAUUUAUCAGAAAAAAGUAAGUUAAUUAGUAAUUAUUUAAAGGUUAAAGAUAAUAAAAAUAUUCUUGAUUUUAUAAAUGAAAAUAAAUUAAAAUUUAUGGACUAUAUUGAUUUAAAUUUAAUGAAAAAAUUAAAAAAUUAUAUUAAUCUUUUAAAUAAUGAAGAAUUAAACUUAAGAAAUAAAAAAGAUAUUAAAAAAAACGAUAUUUUAAAAACGAAAAUAUCAGAAAAUAAAAAAAAUAGUAAUGAAAGGGAAUUGCAUACAGAAUAUGAAUAUUUUACAGAAAAAGGAGAAAAAAAAAAUGAGGCUAUUAAGAAUUUACUAAUUUUUUAUGAUAAAUUAAAAUCUGUUUGUAUAUGUAAAAAGGAAAAGGAAUUAAAGGAAGAGUUUAUAAAAGAAGAAAAAGAAAGUAUUAAAAAACUAAAACUAAAUUAUAAUAAAUUUAUUAACAUUAAAAAAAAUUUAGAAAUAUCAAGCGUUUAUACACAUAACAAUGGAUACGAAUUAUCCUUAAAGGAGCUAGAGACAACAAAAAAGUAUUUAGCAGAAAUAAAAGAAGAAGUAACAAAAAUAAAACAAAUAUCAGAUAAUAUAAUAAGAAUAGACAAUGUAGAAGAAUUAAGCAAGGAAAUAGAAAAUUUGAAUAAUGAAAUAAAUGAAAUAGAAAAACUUUGGAUUUUUAUUAAAAAAAAAGAAGAAAUUUUAAAUAAAUUUUUUUUUUGUUCUUUUAAAGAUUUAGAUGUAGAAGAUUUUGAUAUACAAGUUAAAAAAUUGCAAAAUAAUUUCAAAAAAAUAAAAGUGGAUAGAAAACAUAACAUAUGUAAAGAGGAAACUUUAAAAUUAAAAGAAAUAAUCAAAUUUAUUUCAGUCUUAAGUGAAAUAAAAAAACCUUUUAUCAAGGAAAGACAUAUAAAAGAAAUAGAAUACAAUAUAAAUGAAGAAAAAGAAAAAAGUAAAGAAGAAAAGAUUAGUAUUAUAAUUGAUGAUAAUACCCUUGCUAUAUAUUUUUAUAAAUUAAAUGUAAUGAAGUAUCAUGAUACAAUUGAGGAAGUAAUAAUAAAAGCAUAUAAUGAAAAAGUAAUAGAAGAAACAUUAAAUAAAUUUGAGGAGUACUGGGACAAAAUAUAUUUUAAAAAUAAAAACUAUAAAAAUGAUAUUACAUUAACUUACAUAGAUGAUGUUUGCAUAGAUACAAUAGAAGAACAUCAGGUAACUUUACAGAAUUGUUUUUCUUCAAAAUAUUUUCUCUUCUUUUCAACAGAAUUAAAUUUAUGGCAGAAAAAAAUAUCAAAUAUAUAUGAAGUAAUACAACUAUUAAAAGAUAUAGAAAAAUUGUGGAUAUAUUUACAAAAUAUGUAUAUUUAUUCAGAGGAAGUAAAAAAAGAGUUACCAUCGUAUUCUAAAUUUUUCUUAACAAUAAACGAUGAAUAUUUAGAAAUGUUAGAACAGAUAAAUAAUAAUAAUAUUAAAGUGAUCGACUUCUCUAAUGAGGAUGGGAUAAUAGAAAAAUUAGAGGAUUUAAAGGCAAAAUUAUGUAAAAGUGAAAAACCUUUAAAUGAAUAUUUAGACUCCAAGAGAAAAUCUUUUCCAAGAUUUUUCUUUAUAUCUUCAACAGAUUUAAUAGACAUUCUGUCUAAUGGUAAUAAUUUUAAACUUGUUAAUACUCAUGCUCAAAAAAUAUUUUUAUCAAUAAGGAAAUUUGUUACAAAAAAUGAAAAAUUAAGUGAAAAUGAAAUAGAGAAUGAAGUAAAACUUGAAAUUAAUGAAAACACUUUUGAAAAUCAAAAUAAUAUUAAAAAUGAAAGCAUAUCACAAAUAGAAGAAAAAACAUUUUCUUUUAACCAAAAAGAUAAUGAAUCAUUAAAAAAUAAUGUCCAUAUGGAGAAAAUAAACAUGAACAGUUCAGGAGAAGAUGAAGAAAUUAUUACAAAAUUAAUUUCUUCUUAUGGAGAAGAAAUUUGUAAUUUUCAUGAAGAACUCACUUUAAGGGGUAAGGUAGAGUGCUAUUUAAAUGAUAUAAUAGUUCAUAUUAAGCAUACAUUAAAAUAUUAUAUCACCAAUUUAUUUAAAUUGAAGUAUUUAUAUAAUGAUAAAAAAGACAAAUGGAUUGAUGAAAAUUAUUUGUCGCAAGUGUUCAUUUUGUGUAAUACCAUAUUUUUUGUAAAUGAUGUUGAAAAUAUAUUAAGCAAAAAAGACGUUAAUGUACAAGAAGAGUUAAAAAAAUAUUAUAAAAACCAUAUUCUUCAGCUAGAAAAUGUUAUAAAAAAGGUUCAGAAGAAAUUGACUAUAAAAAAUAGGAUAAAAAUAAUGUGUAUAAUAACUUUGGAUACAUACUACAGAGAUGUAUUAGAAAUUAUUUUAAAAAAUAAAAAUAACAUAUCUAUAAAUAUGUUUGAUUGGCAAUCUCAAAUUAGAAUGUAUCCAUUUUUUAAAGACAAAAAUUAUACUAGUAAUGAUAACGUACAUGAAAAUGAAAUUCAAAAUAAGGGGGAUAAUAAUGAAAAAGAAAAAGAUGAAUCUAUGGAAGAAAGAGAAAAUAAAAUUAAAGCUGAAAGUGAACAAAAUAAUAUGUAUGAUGAAAUAUACAAAAGUAAUACUUUAGAUUUUAAACAGUUAUAUAUAAAAAUAAGAAUUAUGGAUUGUUCUUUCAACUAUUCUUAUGACUAUAUAGGUAAUUACCAAAGGUUAGUGAUUACCCCUUUAACUAGCCGCAUAUAUAUAACAGCAACCCAAGCAUUAAGUUUAUAUAUGGGUUGUGCCCCUGCUGGACCUGCGGGAACAGGAAAAACAGAAACAACAAAAGAUUUAUCUAGUUUUUUUGGAAAAAAUUGUUAUGUAUUUAAUUGUUCAGAUCAAUUAGAUUAUAAAAGUAUGGGUAAUAUAUUUAAAGGCAUCGGAAGCACUGGAUGUUGGUGUUGUUUUGAUGAAUUCAACAGAUUAAUUCCUGAAGUUUUAUCUGUUUGUUCUAUUCAAUUUAAGUCUAUAUUAGAUUGCAAACGUAAUAAUAACAAUGUUUGUAUAAUAGGUUCUGAUGAAAUUAUAGUUAAAAAAAAUUGUGCAGUUUUUAUUACUAUGAACCCUGAUUAUUUGGGGAGAUCAAAAUUACCUGAGAGUCUUAAAAUAUUAUUUAGACCUAUUACUGUAAUUAUUCCUGAUUUUAACAAAAUUUGUGAAAACAUGUUAAUGGCUGAAGGAUAUGUAGAUGCAAAAUAUCUUUCCAUUAAAUUUACGACUUUUUUUGAACUUGCUCAGAGUUUGUUAAAAGAAAAACAUUGUGAUUGGGGAUUAAGAAGUAUUAAAAGUGUUUUAACAAAGGCAGGAUUCUUAAAGAGAACUUAUCCAGAUGUUGAUGAAAAUAAAUUACUAUAUUCAGCUAUACGUGAUAUUAAUAUAGCAAAAAUAUCUUCUUCUAAUUGUCCUAUAUUUUCAGGGUUGUUGGAUGAUAUAUUUUUUUCAAAGCAGAAUAUAAUAAAUAAACAAAAUGAUAAUGAAAUAAGUUCAGAUAUAAAAAAAAAUUUAAGUAAUGAAAAUGAUAACAUAAAAAAAGAUGAAAAUUAUAUAGAAAAAUGUAAAAUGGAAAAUAACGAAGAUGAUGAAAUAGAAGAAAAUGUAAGUAAUGAAAAAAAAAAAAGUGAUACUAAUCAAAUAAAUAGUAAUAUAAAUAAUAAAAUAUCUAAUUCUAGUGAACAGAAAGAAUUUUUUAAUCAAAGUAUAAUUGAAAAUGAAUUAAUGGAAAUUUGUAAGAAAAAUCAUUUAUUUGGUUUAAAUUAUUUUGUUAAAAAAAUUAUACAAUUAAAUGACAUUAUUAAUAUACGACAUUGUGUAUUUAUAAUGGGAGAAGCAGGUUGUGGAAAAACUACUUUAUUUAAUAUGUUAAUGGAAUAUCAAAAAAAGCAAAAUUUAAAAACAGUAAGUAUUAGAAUUAAUCCUAAAUCUAUAAGCAUUGAUGAUUUAUAUGGUAAUGUUCAUAUAAAAACAAGGGAAUGGAAAGAUGGAGUUUUUUCAAAAUACAUGCGAAAUUAUUCAAAAAGAGACGAUUGUGAUAAAGCUUAUAUAAUUUUUGAUGGAAAUUUAGAUUCUCAUUGGAUAGAAAAUAUGAAUUCAGUCAUGGAUGAUAACAAGGUAUUAACCUUAUCAUCUAACGAGAGAAUUUUAUUAAAAAAUCAUAUGAAUUUGGUUUUUGAAUUUAGUGAUUUAAUGUUUGCUACACCUGCCACUAUUUCCAGAGCCGGUUUAGUUUAUUUUUCUGUUGAUCCUAAUGAUUUGUGGAAAAAUUAUUUUUUAUCAUGGAUUGAUAAGCAUGAUAAUUUUAAUAGUAGUAUUAAAAAGAUAUUUGAAAAAUUAAUGUACAAAUAUGUUGAACCUACAUUUUCUUAUCUGAAUACUUUGCAAACAUCUAUUAAAAUAUCUCCAAUGUCACACAUUCAAUCAUUGGCUGCCUUAUUAGAUAUAUUAUUAGUUGAUAAUAAUUACGAAAGUGUUGAGCAUUAUUUUAUUUAUUCUGUUAUAUGGUGUUUUGGUAGUUUUUUAGGAGAAAAAGAUAAUGUAAAUUACAAAAAAUGCUUUGAUAAAUACUGGAAAAAUACUUUUAAAAGUAUUAAAGUUAAUAGAAAAAUUAGUGUUUUUGAUUUUUAUGUUGAAAAUAAUAAAUUUAAGGAAUGGAAUGAAAGAGAAAUAGUUAAUCAAAUUAACCAAAAUUCUUUAUUAAAAAAUGAUAUAUUUAUUGAAACAGUAGAAAGCUGUUCUUAUAAAUAUAUAAGUAAACUAUUUUUAAAGUCAAAUAUGCCUAUUUUAUUUAUUGGUAAGACAGGAGUAGGAAAAACUCAUUUAUGUAAGAAAAUAUUAAAUGAAGAUAAAGAUGGAUAUAAAAGUUUUUACAUGAUUUUUAAUUAUUAUACAACAUCAAAAAAUGUACAAUCCUUAAUGCAAAGUUGUUUAGAAAAAAAAUCAGGAAAACAAUUCAGUCCUCCAUAUCAACAGAAAUUGAUUUACUUUAUUGAUGAUAUUAACAUGCCUAAAUGUGAUGAUUAUAAUACACAAAGUGCUAUUGAAUUAUUAUGUCAAUACAUUGACACUAAUUCUUGGUUUGAUUUAGAAAAAUUAAAUUUAAUAAAAAUUUUGAACACAAAACUUAUUUCUUGUAUGAAUUACAAUAGAGGAAAUUUUACAAUAAAUCCUAGACUUCUCAGACAUUUUUUUAUUUUAAAUAUUAAUUUUCCAGAAAACAAUACUGUGAAUAGUAUUUUUAGUGCUCUUCUGAAAGAUCAUUUUAGCAAUUUUAAACAAGAUGUAUCUGAUUUAAUUCCUUCUAUAUUAAAAUCAACUAUAUCUUUAUAUUACAAUAUUGAAAAGACCUUUAAAAGAACAGCCACAUAUUUUUAUUAUGAAUUUAAUUUAAGAGACAUUCAUAGUAUAGUUAAAGGACUUCUUACGGCAACACCAGUUACAUUUCAAGAUUGUGAUAAGUUAUUAUUUUUAUGGUUACAUGAAUGUGAGAGAGUUUAUUCAGAUAAGUUAAAUAAAAAAGACAAAAAAAAAUACAAGAGUAUCAUUAUUGAUUUAAUAAAAAAAAUGUAUAAUAAGUAUGAAAUUAAUAAGUUUGUUAUGAAAUAUGACAACAGUUUAUUGUUUUCUAAUUUUCAUAAAGGCAAUCAUGACAAAAGUUAUGAUUUAUGUAAAAAUAUAGAGGAAUUAACAUUAUUCUUAACAGAAGAACUAAAUGAGUAUAAUAAUUUCUAUAAUUUAAAUAUUGUUUUAUUCAAUGAUGCCAUAAGACAUAUUUGUAAAUUAAUAAGAAUAGUAGAUAAUUUAAAAUCACAUGCCUUGUUAUUAGGUAUAGGAGGGUGUGGAAAAACAACAAUUUCUAAAUUUUCAUCUUAUAUAUCUUCCAAAACAUUUUAUGAAAUGGAUUUUUCAGCUCACUGCUCCGAUAAUGAUAUAAAAAAGUAUUUACAAAAUAUAUUUCAUAAAUGUGCUAUGAAAAAUGAAGAUAUUGUUUUAUUUUUAAAGGAGAGUAAAAUUCAUGAUAAUUUUUUUAUUUAUGUUAAUGAAUAUAUAUGUUCUAACAAUAUAAUCGAAUUAUACACAAAAGAAGAAAAGGAUUAUAUAGUACAUAAUAUGAGAAAUAUAGCUAAAUCGGAAGGAAUAGAAGGGACAGAUAAUAAUAUAUUUGACUAUUAUAUCAAAAAGGUAAAUGAUAAUUUACAUUUCAUAUUAUGUUUUUCUCCAACUAGUAAUAAUUUCAGAGAUAAAUCAAACAAUUUUCAAUGUAUUUUAAAUAAUACAAUGAUUGAUAUUUAUGAUAAUUGGGAAGCAGAUUCCUUAAUGUGUGUAGGACAAAAAUAUGUCAAUAAUAUAUAUAUGAAUAUAAAUACUGGAGAUAUAUUACUGGAUGAAGAAUACUUAAAUUUACAAAAUGAAAAUAAGAAUAAACAAAAUUUAAAUGAAAGAAACAUUAAAAGUGAUACAACUGUCCUUAUAAAUGAUAAUAGAAACGAUAAUUUGAACAAAGAACAUAGUAACAUUAAUGAUUUAGGUGAUGAUAAAGGAAAUAUAAUAAAUAGUAAUAAUAAUAAUAAUAAUAAUCAAAUCAAUGAUCACUCUAGUGGAAUAAAUAAUGAAAAUAACAAUGAUGCUCCUAUUACAACAAAUUUAAAUUUAAUAAAUGAAGAAGAAUAUGUUAACUUAAAAGACAUCAUAAUUGAAUAUUUAAAAGAAUGCUAUGAGGAUUUAUUAGAUAUAUCAUCUGAUUAUUAUUCACACGAAAGAUCUCAUAUAUAUAUAACCCCUAAAUUGUAUUUAGAGAGUAUAAAAACAUACCAUAUAAUGUUAUUAAAAAAUAUUACUAAUAUAAAUAAUAAGAUGAAUAUGUUGAAAAAUGGAAUUACAAAAAUGAAUGAAACUAGUUCGAAUGUUGAGAACAUUAAAAAUUGUCUAAAGGAAAAGAAAAAAAUAUCAGAAGAAAAAAAAGAUGCAGCUGAAAAAUAUGCUAUUGAUAUUGGAAAUGAAAAGAUGAUUGUUAAAAAAGAAAGUGAUUUAGCUGAUAUAGAAGAAAAAAACUGUUUAGAAAUACAAAAAAAAGUAUUAAAACAACAAGAAGAUUGUGAGAAUGAUAUUAUUUUAGGUAUACCGUUAGUAGAACAAGCAGAAGAAGCUUUAAACACUUUAAAUAAAAAGAAUAUUCAAGAAUUAAAGACUCUAAAUAAACCUCCACCAGGUGUAGAAGAUAUCACUGCUGCUGUUAUGCAAUUAUUGGCCACAAUUGAUACAACUAUAAAUGUUGAUAAAUUUGGUAAAAUAAAAGAUAGAAGUUGGAAGUCAGCACAAAAAAUGAUGAUUAACCCUGAAAAGUUUAUUUCUUUAUUAAAAGAUUAUAAAAAUAAAAUAGAUGAAAAUUUGGUUCCUGAUUGUAAUUUUAAAUAUGUGGAAAAUUUGAUUAAUUUGCCCCAUUUUAAUAAAAAUGCAAUUCAAAAAAAAUCAAAAGCUGCUGCUGGUUUAGCUGAAUGGGUAUUGAACAUUACAUCAUUUUAUAAGAUUAUACAAAAUAUAUUGCCAAAAAGAAUACUACUAGAUAAUACCAAAAAAAGUCUUGAAGAAGCUAAUGAAAAACUACAAAUAGUGCGUGAAAAGGUUCAAUCUCUUAAAGAAAAGUUAAAUGCUUUAAUAAAUCAAUAUGAUCAUGCUAUUUAUGAAAGAGAUCUCGUAAUUUUAGAAGAAAAAAAACUAAAAACAAAAUUAGAAUUAUCAAUUAGAUUAAUAGAUGCUUUAAGUAGUGAACAAAUAACAUGGUCCAAUCAAUACGAAAAUUUAAAAAAAAAAAAAAAAACUAUUUUAACAGACAUAUUAUUAUCUUCUACAUUUGUAACAUUCUGUGGUGGAUUUACAAAAAAAUAUAGAAAUACAAUUAUGACAAAAUGUGUUGAUACAUUAAAGAAAAAAAACGAAAUUCAAAAUAAUAUUUUUAAUAAUAUGGUGAACAAACUAAAUAAAAAUGAAAAAAACGUUACAUCAAAUAUUUCUAACAAAUAUGGAUAUAUAAACAAUAGUGAAAAUAACAUUAAUAAUGCAAAUAACUCAAAUAACGUAAAUAAUAUAUUAAAUAAUGCUAAUACAGAUAAUGAACUAUAUAAUAGUGAUUUAAUGAAACAAGACAUUAUACAUGAUAUAUUUUUGGUAAAUAAUUUUAAUUUAGAUUUAUUGAUAAAUGAAGAAAUUUUAGCUAAAUUAAGCAAACAAGGAUUAACAUUAAAUUCUGUUUGCAUUGAAAAUAAUAUAAUACUAGAAAAUAGUGAUAAAUUUCCAAUAAUUAUUGAUCCACAAAUGGAAAGUUUAAAAUGGUUAAUUAAUAAUCAAAGAGAAAAAAAUGAGAAAUUAAUUAUCACUGAUAUUAACGAUAAAAUGUUAUUUAAAAAAAUAGAAGAAUGCAUAUCAUUCGGUUAUUCAAUUAUCGUUGAAAAUGCGGAUGAAUGCAUUGAUAAUACAUUAUACAAUGUUAUAUCAAAAAAUAUUAUUAAGAGAAAAAAUAAUUAUUAUAUUAACAUAAAUGAUAAAGAGUUAAUAUUUCAUCCAUCCUUUUAUAUUAUUUUACAUACACAACUGUCUAAUCCUCAUUAUCAGCCUGAAAUACAAUCAGCUUGCUCUUUAAUCAAUUUUACAGUUACACCUGAUGAUUUAGAAGAGCACUUAUUGUCAAUUACAUUAGAAAAUGAAUUUAAUCACUUAUCAAAAAAGAAAAAGAAAUUAUCUUUAUUAAAGUAUGAUUAUAUGUGUCAGUUAUCUUUUCUACAAUCAUCCAUUUUGCAAAAAUUAACUGACGCUAAAGGAGACAUAUUAGAAGAUGUUUCUUUAAUUGAAAAUUUAGAGAAAACUAAAUUAUUGAGUGAAAACAUAGCUAAAAAAAGUGAAAUUGUUAAAAAUACAGAAGUUCAUAUUAACACUAUUAUUAAUUUAUAUAGACCAUUGUCAAAAAGAGGAGUAAUGUAUUUUUUUAUUUUACAAAAAUUAAAAAAUCUUCACUCUUUUUAUUUUUAUUCAUUAGAAAUAUUUUUAAAAAUAUUUAUCAAAUGUUUGAAAGAUUGUUCAGAAAACAAACCUUCAAAUAAUCAUACAAACGUAAAAAAUAAAUAUCUUAAAAAUACAGAUAAGGAUUCCAAUGAAGGAGACUUUUAUAAUAUUAUAGAAGAAAACAAAAAAGAUGAAUAUAUAAAAAAUGAUUCAGAUGGAAAAAAUUAUAAUAAAGAACAAUCCAUUGAAAAAGAGAUGUGUGAAGGAAAUAGUUAUAAAGGAAAAUGUAGUGAAGAAAAAGUUGAGACAGAAUUUGAAGUGGAAAAAGUGCAAGAAUAUACAAGUGAUAAAAAAGUUAAUAAAGAGAAAUUAAAUGAAGAAAUUAUAGAAGAAAAAUUGGGUGAAAAUAUAAGGGAAGAAGAAGAUAGUGAACAAACUAAAGGUCAAAAUGAUAAGGAAAUUAUUGAUAAAGAACAGUUAGAAGAGAAUAUUGAUGAAGAACAAAUUAAAGAAGAGGAAAUUGAUGAAAAACAAAUUGAAGAAGAGAAAAUUGAUGAAAAACAAAAUGAAGAAGAGAAAAUUGAUGAAAAACAAAUUGAAGAAGAGAAAAUUGAUGAAAAACAAAUUGAAGAAGAAAAUAUUAGUGAAAAACAAAUUAAAGAAGAGAUAAAUGAUGAACGAAAUGAAAACGAAAAAAUUGAAGAUAAACAUAUUGAAGAACAAAUUGAUAAAGAAAAGAUUAAUGAUGAGGAAAUUGAUAAAAAUAAAGUAGAUGAAGAAAAAAUUGAAAAAGAUAAAAUAGAUGAAGAAAAAAUUGAAAAAAUAGACUCAGAAAAAGUGAGUAAAGAAAAAAACAAUAUCGAAAUGAUGGAAGAAGAAAAUAUAGAAUCAGAAAAUACAGAUAUGAUCAAAUUAGAAUCAGAAAAAGAAGUUGAAGAAAAAUUAGAUUCAAUAAAAGAAUAUGAGGAAAAUACUAAAGAAAAAAAUGAGGAUUUAGAAAGCGAUGAUUUUGAAAAUGAUGAUUUUAAAAAUGAAGAAAUAAAAAUAGAUAAAAAUGAAGUUGAAAAAAGAGUAAAUGUUUUAAUAGAGUUAUUAAAUGUAAAAAUGUGGAUGUACAUUGAUAAAGGGUUAUUAGAAAGAGAUAAAUUAAUUGUAAAGUGCUUAAUUAUGUUGAAUUUAGAAAAAUUAAAUGAUAAAAUAACCCAAGAAGAAGAAGAAAUAUUUAUAAAUCCUAAAUAUAAAUUAAAUAGUAAUAAAAAUAAAUUAAACGGUAAAAAAGAGAAUGAAAAUAUAGAAAAAAAUUUAAUGAAUAAAUCUUUUAUAAGUGAAGAUUUGUAUGAAGAUUGCAAAAAUUUAGAAAAUUUAAAAGAUUUUGAAAAUUUAACUGAGAGUUUUGAAAGUGAAAGUAUGUCAUGGAAACAGUGGUUUUUAAGUGAAAAAGUUGAAAAUGAGGAAUUACCUCGAAAAUAUAACAACCUAAAAGAUUUUUCCAAAUUGUUAUUAAUUAGAGUAUUACGAAAAGAUAGAUUUUUGGUAUCUUUAAAAAAUUAUAUUAAAAAACACAUCAAAAUGACUAAUGAUGAAAAAAAUACAUACGCUCUUGAAAAUAUAUUAGAGGAAUAUAUUGAUAAUAAAACACCUGUUUUAUUUUUAUUAACUUCUGGUAACGACCCUUCUAAGGAAAUUGAAGAUUAUGUUGAAAAGUUAAAAAAAAAUCAGAAAACUAUUUCGAAUAACGGUAAUAGUGAAAAAAAUAUUAACACUAUUUCCUAUGUUAAUAUAUCAAUGGGUCAAGGUCAAGAAAAUAUUGCAUUAAAAUAUUUAAAAGAAAUAUCAAAAUGUGGAGGAUAUAUAUUUCUACAAAACAUCCAUUUAAUGACCAAAUGGCUAAAGGAAUUUGAAGAAAUUUUGGACAAAAUAUUUUUAGAUGCACAUAAAAAUUUUCGAUUAUUUUUAUCUUCAGCAAUCCCUUCUGAAAAAGAAACACAAUUAUUACCUGAAAAAUUAUUAAAAAAAUGCUUUAGGAUAAAUAACGAAAAAUCCUAUAGUUUAAAAGAUAAUAUAAAAUGCUGUUUGGAUAAGUUUGAAAACAGAGAAUAUGAUGGUAAAUUAAAAACUGUUAUACUAGGCUUAUCUUAUUAUCAUAGUUUGUUAUUGGGGAGAUUUCUUUAUGGAAAAAUUGGAUUUAGUCAAUCUUAUUCUUUUAAUGAUAAUGAUUUAGAAAUUUCAUUUAAUAUAAUAAAAAGGUACUUGAGUAGUUACGAAAGUUUUCCUUUAGCUGAUGUAUUAUUUUUAAUAGGAGAAAUUAUUUAUGGUGGACAUAUAACAGAUAUAUGGGACAGAAGAAUAAAUAAAACUUACAUAAAAAAUAUAUUAAAUGAAAUAUAUAGAAAUAUAAUUACAAUUAAUGAAAAAAAAAGAAAUAGUAUUAAUAAUGAGACAUAUAACAAUAAUACGGAAAAUAUUUCGAAUAAUGAAUUAGAAGAGAAACAGAUUUUAAAAAAUACAAAAAAUAAUAUUUUAUUUGAUGUAUUUAAGUUUCCCGAUUGUAGUAAAUAUAAUAUUUCUCAAUUAAAAAAGUAUAUUGAUGAAAAAUUAAAUAAAGAGCAAACAUAUUUAUUAGGACUUCAUAUAAACGCUGAAAUUGAAUAUAUGAAAAAUGAAUGUUCAAGGAUUUUGCAAAAUUUACAAGAAUUAAGUAAUAAAGAAAUUGCAUCACCUCAAAAUUAUAAGAAUAAAAAAAUUGGAGAAAAUGAUACAGAAGAAGAUGAGGAAGAAAAAAAUUCAGGAAGUAAUAAAAGUACCAAAAUUUUGUAUGACAUAAUAAAUCAUCUAUUAAAUGAGUUACCAGAAAAAAUAAAUAUAAAUGAUUUAAAAAUAGAGGAAGUUCAAACUAAUACGUUUGUUGUAAUAGCAUUAAAAGAAGCAGAAAAAUUUAAUAAAUUGAUUGAAUGCAUUAAUGAUACAUUAAUAGAGAUAAAGUUAGUUUUAGAUGGAAUUCUAAAUAUGAAUGAUAAAAUACAAAACACUAUUAAAUCCUUACUAUUACAUAAUAUACCAGAUAUAUGGAAGAAUUAUUCUUAUCCAUCCAAAAAAAAAUUAAUGCCAUGGUUUGAAAAUUUCAAGUUAAGAAUUCUUUUUAUAAAAGAAUGGAUUUCUAAAAUAAGAAAUCAAAUUUUUUUACCUAGUUCUGUGUGGUUAUCAGCAUUAUUUAAUCCCAUAUCUUUUCUAACAGCAAUAAAACAAAAAUUUGCGCAUGAAAAUAAAGUUCCUAUUGAUAAACUAAAAUUAAAAUGGCAUGUAACCAACAUAACUAAAGUAGAGGAUUUAAAUAAUAAAAAUAACUCUUUAUAUAUACAUGGUUUAUUUUUACAAGGCGCAUCAUGGUUAAUAAAUUCUAAAAAUGAUACUUUUGUAUUUGAUAAAGAUAAUUUAAAAGAAAAUAUUUCUUAUGGAAAUAUAAUAGAAUCAGUACCUAAAAAUAUUUAUUUUCCUAUGCCAUUAGUGUAUGUUUAUUGUAUAACUAAUGAACAAGAUGAAUUAUUGAAAUCAAAUUUAGAAUCACAUUUUUUAAAUACACCAUUGUAUAUAACUUCAGAUAGGGGAAAAAUGGACGAUAUAAAAGAUAAAUGGAUAUUAGCUGGUGUUGCUCUUUUUUUAUCUGAUGAUUAA